AUGCACGAGGUUCUUAGACACGAUGACGUGGUCGAGGGAAUGAAGUUUAUUAUACAGUCACAACCGACAGUAACUCGGCCGUUCUUCCAGAUCGACACAAGCGAGCCGAUUUUAGCAGAACUAUCAAGCAGUUUGGCUUGGAUGCAACUUCAAACGGGCUCGAUAGUGCCGAUUCUAGGCGAAAACCCCUCAGUCACAUUCUCCACUCAAGGAAAAAAUAAUGAACACGACGAAACACGCAUUGAAAUCACUGCGACUACACCUCUCGCAUGCACGGUUCGUGAAGCCGAGCCGAUCCUGUGGCACUACCUCACCAACGAGGACACCUCGAACUCUUUCGGCUUUAGUCAACUACAGAGCUUAAAAGACAGUCACACCACCUACAACUGA